AUGGCCCCGUACAAGUCCCCAAGCACGGCCCCACUCUCCGCCGCCAAAUGCGCCUUCAUCACGGCCAAGCUCGCCGCCAUCGCCUGCGUCUUGAUGCUCAUGAUAUCCGGCACCAGCCUCCUCAGAGGCAGCCACCCAGAAACCACCGACCUGCGCGGGAAGCCCUUCUCAAUGGUCUCGUUCCGAGGCGUCGCCGCCGCAGCCGCCGGCGAUGCGCCUCCUUACCUAGCCAGAAUGCAUUGGUUCCUCGACUCCUUCGCAUGGGAAUGGCUUGCGAACAACACCGCGCACCGCGACGCCGCCAAUUACGUCUUCAUCCAGCCCCUCCGCCCGCUGCAGAUGCCAGCUGUGCUGCAUGACGUCGCUGAUUCGCUGUACCGCGCCGGCCACAUGAUGGACACCUGCCAAUCUACACAUUUAAAUGCAUCGGCCACCGAAUCCUGCAUUCGCGCGAGCCAGCCCUUCUUCGCAGCCUUCGAUGCCGCGGAGCCGCUGCGCCUGGAUAAUGCCCCGGCAUUCGUUCUAUACGUGCUCGCACUCGUGGCCGACGUCGUGUCUCCUGCUCUGUUCAGCUGUCUCGCCUUCUUCUCCGACGGUGGCGUCGAGCAGCGUUAUCCGUGGCUCAGGACUGGUGUGCUGGCGCUGCCCGUGGCUUUCCACGUCAUCUCGGCCUCAAUUUUGACGUCCAACGCCAGCUUCCUCGUGCGCUACCUCAAUCGAUUCCCGGACGUCCCCGCAGACGCCGCGAUUGGGCUGCGCUUCUUGGUCGUUGCGUGGUCUGGCGUCAUUGCCGAACUGUUGGCCUUGGCGCUCAGCAUCGCACGCGUCUUUUUGUUGCGGCUCUGGGCCGUCAAACGCAGGCGCAGGUCCGAGAUCAUGAAAAGAAGCAUUCCAUGA